AUGAUGGGUGCUCGGCCGAUGAGAGCAUGUCACCGGACCUAUAACAUGACGCAAUCUUCCGAAGACGGCGGCAAGCAGACCUUCCCACUUCCAGCGGAGCAGUUCAGGCCCCUUCAGUCCGUAUUCCGUCGGCGGUUGCUCAACGGAAUCGGCGCCGCUUCUCUACUGGCUGUCGGCGCCAAUCUGGGAGGCGUAUCGAGCUUCCUGUUGAGCUUCUCGCCGGAGGCUGCUCGGAGCCUCAAGCUCGACGCGCUUUAUCCUGUCGGCGGCUACAGCCGGUACAUAGAUACGAAUGAGGGAUUUGGUGAGGUGAAUGAGCCGGUGGUAGCUUUCGGUCCGCCGGGGUCGACGGGAGAACUGAAUGUCAGUGUGAUUGUAUCGACUGUCCCCAUCGACUUCUCGAUUGAAGCAUUUGGAGGAGCCGAACGAGUCGGAGAAGCUGUGCUUAAGACGAUAACCGUGCCAAGUCGAGGCACGAGUGUGAAGGGAACAUUAAUAGGGUCGAGUGUGAGAGAGGGUCCUGAGAAAGGGGUUAAGUACUGUGUGCUCGAAUUUGGAGUUGAGAGCUCGAUUUUCCGGCGCCAUAAUAUCGCUGUAUGUUGCGCCCGAAAGGGAAGAUUGUUUACUCUAAAUGCUCAGGCGCCUGAAUCUGCUUGGCCCCAAUAUAAAGCACAGUUUUAUGUGAUUGCUGAUUCUUUCAUUUUAGUCUGA